CAGUGCGGCUCGCGCUCACUCUGCCCGUGUGCCAACUCCUGUCAACUGCCUCCACAAUAGCCACAAUACCUCUAUACAUUACUUUUGCGCCUUUUACGCACGUUUGUCCCGCUUUUUAAGACUGACUGCAGAUAAUUUAUUGCCAAAGUUGGAUUUUAUUGGAGACGCUUGAAGUGAGAGGAAUUAUCACGCUGCCAGAUGCUGCACAGAGAUGAACUGCACUGAGCCACGACUUGAGGAAUUCAGCGCAACUCUCAAAGGCAGUGCGGCAGGCCUCGAUAAGCUCCCCUUAUGAGGUGAAAAUCCACUCUUCAUCGCCCAGUUGCCCCCCUCCUCCCAGAAACAAAGCAUACGGCAUGUCCCGGCUGUUCCUCUUUUUGGCAAUGCUAGUUCUCUCCUGCAAUGUCCAGGUGUGCCCUGCUGUGUCCCUGGAUAAGCUGCAGGAGAGCUGGAAGAUGUACAAGGAAGAAUGUGACCGCAACAACAGCCGGGAUCCUCCCAGCAUCGGUAUAGUUUGUAACAGGACUUUUGAUGAUUACGCUUGCUGGUCUGACGGUCUCCCCAACACAACGGUCAGUGCGUCCUGUCCCUGGUACCUGCCCUGGUUUGACGAAGUUCAGAAUGGCAUGAUUUACAAAGAGUGUGAUGGUAACGGCCAGUGGGUCAUCACCAAGAACACCAGCGAGUGCGACUCAAACGACCCGAGCCAGCACUAUUACAGAUACAUUCGGAUUAUGUACACAGUGGGUUAUUCCUUAUCUUUUGUGGCUUUGGUGUUGGCGCUUGGCAUCCUCAUAUUUUUCAGAAAACUCCACUGCAUGAGGAACAACAUCCACAUGAACCUGUUUGCUUCGUUCAUCCUGAGAGCCCUGUCCAUUCUCAUCAAAGACGCUCUGGUUGACGCCAACAUCGUGUCCCGCGACCUGAGCACUGACCAGGACUCAGGCUUCCCUCGGGCAUCCAUGCCGCCCGUGGAGAUGCUGGUCAACAAUGAGACCACGAUUGGCUGUCGCAUUGCAGUAGUUAUGAUGCAGUACAGUAUUAUGGCUAACAGCUAUUGGCUCCUGGUUGAAGGCAUCUACCUCCACAACCUGCUCGUCAUCACCGUGUUUACUGAGAGGAACUACUUCAAAAUCUACCUGUGCAUUGGCUGGGGAACGCCACUCAUUUUCCUUGUGCCAUGGGUCAUGGUGAAAUACCUUUAUGAAAACCAAGAAUGUUGGGGUCAAAAUAUAAACAUGAAUUACUGGUGGAUCAUACGUUCCCCAAUCCUCCUGGCUGUUGUGAUAAAUUUCCUGAUAUUUAUUCAUAUAAUCCGAAUCCUUGUUUCAAAACUGCGAGCGCACCAGAUGAGAUAUUCUGAUUACAAAUUCAGAUUGGCAAAAUCCACACUCACCCUGAUCCCUUUGUUGGGAAUCCAUCAGAUGUUCUUCAUAUUCGUCACAGAUGAAACGACGUCUGGCACCAUCACUCUACGGCUCACCAAGCUCUUUGUCGACCUUUUCUUCUCUUCUUUUCAGGGUCUCUUGGUGGCCAUUUUGUACUGCUUUGUUAACAAAGAGGUUCAAUCGGAGAUCCUGAAGAAAUGGAAACGUUGGAAACUGGGCAGGAACAUCGAGGAGGAGUACCGACAUACCUACAGCAACACGCCCAACACAAAGACCGGCAGCCUGUUGCACCACGUUGCACCUUUGCCCGAAACCACCACCACCUUUUGCAACCCUGAGGAGAGGCGCAUGCUGGUGCCUACCUCCCACAAUGGCCUGGAAAACAGCAAAGACCCCUGCAUAUACCCCCUACAAGAACGCUCUACGGACGGGGGCAGCAGUGAGAAUUGAGCGGGCAAGAGUGGAUUUGGAAAACUGCCUUGUGAAGUGUGAAGAGGUGAACAGUGUGCAUCCAAAGUCCUUGUUCUGAAUCUAGGAAUAGAUAAUAGAAGAGACUACAACACUGGGAAUGGGCUGUUCACAUUGUCAAUGAGGACAGACCGUUGCAUGCUGAACAGUGCCAUACAAAAUAUCAAAACAGAUGAGCCAUUUUACUUCACAACACACACAAAUAAACCCUCAAACUGCAAUGGAAGACUUUUGAAAUGUUUGCUCAGUAUUGUGGUACCAGAGACAAGCACGACGGCAACGGACCAAACAACAGACCUUAACAACAGUGGAGAAUUGUAUUUUUCAGCUUUGCUCUAUCUGUAAAUGUGUUCAUAGGAAUUAUAGAAAAAUAAGUUAUGUAUGUUAUGUGUACUUCAUGCACAAAGGUGAACCGUGUUGCUCAAGCAAUCCAAUGGGAAAUUGGCAGCUGCUCUCCCUAGGUCAUUCCUGGCAUGACAUGAAAGGAGGUCAUGGGAUGUUAUGGGAUCAAAUAUAGAUAAGCUACAAUGCUCAUGGCUUUACUUAGUUACGUGAUGUACAAAUAGGUAGGUUAUAUGCAGAUGUCUCAGUCAAAUGCAAACAGUAACAGCAUGUUUUGGCAGCAAUUUGUUCUGUUUUUUUCCUCUUCAUGCUUAUGUGCCAUAUACUAUAUGCUGUGGUUACGUUUAUGCAGCUAAGCCUCGAAAUCCACCCUGAUGCAACCAGAUAGGAGAAAUCCGGCGCUCGACCCAAGGUUAAAAAUAAUCUUCAGAUCAACCUGGCCCAUAAAAGCAUACAUGCAUAAAGGAUAAGGGCAACUAUAACUGGGAUGCAACAUGUCACCUAUGACACCAGGGUGUUAGUUUAAAUAUAGGCUGGCGUUGAUUCUGUGUGCUUAAGUUAUUUCAUGAAUCAUUUAGCUCAGAUUUGUGCAAGACGUCACUUUGAUAUCUUUGACAGAAUAAUAACUAUUGCACUCUCCAGGCUGAACAAAAGUAGAACAAAAAAAUUAAACUCUGGUAAGCAAUUAAACUUAAAAAGCAGUGGUACUUUUGCUAAGUGCUAGACCUUUUUUUUUGCCAAACUUAACUUGACUUUGUAUAACUCUUUGCACAAUUUAAUUUAUAUCGGUGUUUGUUGAGGUGAUUUCAUUUGAUUGAUGUAAUUGUGUAUUGAUGACACACAGGUCUGUACGUGUGAAUGGCUAUUUCUUUUGGGUAUGAAUGGUCUAUCAGUAUUUUCAGGUUAGACACAUUUCGGGGGUGAGAUGCAGCUUUGCCACUAGAGCGAUGCCUUGAUAUUGUUGUUGUCGCAAGAUCCAUUCAAUAUACAAACCACAUACAGAACAUUCCCAGAAGGCAUGCCACUGCUCAGAUUCAAUGUGGAAAUUUGUUUUUGUGUCAGGACUAGAAGCAUAGAGUUAAAUUUACAACAAACAACGCCAUGCAGAGAAUAGCUUUGCAUCACAACAAGGUGCUGGUAAUGCAAAAAUAAUAUGUUUUUUUGU